AGGCGGUCAACCCAAGCUUUCUGAUCAGGACGGAUGAGCGUACGAAGCAUCAUUUGAGCGGUUUGAUGUGCCCGCUCCGUUUGCCCGUCCGUUUGUGGAUGCCAAGCCGAUUUUGGUUUCAUCUUCGUGUCGGAUUCCUGCAUGAGAGAAAUCCAAAAUGCCGACAUGAAGCGAGUGUCGGGGUCGUUGAUGAUGUCUUCCGGUACGCCGUGGCUGCAAAUCCAGCCGGUGUGCAAGAGGCGCGCAAGUUCGGGAGCCGUGGAGUAGUACUUGCAAGGGAGAAACUGCGCGUACUUACUCAAACGGUCAACGACUGUGAGGAUGCCAUCGUGCCCGAGGCAGUCGCGGGGAGACGGUCCGGUGACGUUCAUGGCAAUGGAGAGGGCGGGUUCCCGUGGGAUUGGCAUCGGGCGCAACUCGCCGGAGGGAUUGUGGUUGUGGGGCUUGCUUCGUCGGCAAACUUCGCAAUAGUCGCAAUGCCUAAUGGCAUCGGUAAUGAGGUCGGGCCAUCGGAAUCGUUGCCAAAGUCGUGCAAUAGUGCGAUUGACUCCGAAAUGGCCGGCGAGUCGCGAGUCAUGGUACUCGCCGAGAAGGCGAGUCCGACGACGACGGUCUCGUGGGACACAUAAUAAGUCCUUGCCUCGCGAGUGAAGGAGCAAGUACCCGUCG